AUGUACGUUUCCGAUGACCUAGUUUCAGAAAUACUAUCACACCUCCCUGUGCAGUCUCUGCUCCGCUUCAAGACCGAAUGCAAAUCAUGGAACACUAUAAUCUCUUCCCCGAUUUUCGUCGAAUCGCACCUCAACAACUACGGCAAAAACAACAACUUUAUUCUACUCACCGCAAGCGUAAAGCUAAGACUAUCGUUGGCCUCGUUCGGCAUAUCAUCACCGUCGUCGUCAAGAUUGACCGUCGUUGACCGAUAUUCUCUUGAAUUACCAAUCGUGAAGAUCAUACACAAAAUUAUCGGCCCAUUGAACGGCUCCAUAUGCAUCUACGGGACCGCAUUGUACGAAUAA